AUGCAUCCCUUGUAUCUCUCCUCCGGAUCGGCACCGGCGCCCAAUCCAGCCGGCGGCAACGCGUCAAGGCACAUACGAGCGUUGGCGGCAUCGAGGGGCUCCGCAGCAAUGGGGCGCGCCAAAAUCACCUAUGCUUGUGCAACUUACCCGCCAUCAGGCGGAGGGCUGAGUGUGUCGGGUUGGAAGGCGGGAAAAGAGCCUCGGCGUGUUGCCCUAACCCGCCGCCGCGUACGCACGACUGCAGGUAGCACCGGGCGCCCCCGCAUCGACGCAGCGCCCCCCAGCGAGAGAAGGCGAGCCUCCUCUUCAGCAGCCGCCCAAGAGGCCCUGACGCGAACGCCAGCGACGACGCCGGCGGCGCGGGUGUGGAACUUCUCCAGGCGCUCCAGUGCCGACGGCGAAGCCGUGUUGCAGCGCGCCACUGCCCGUAGAGGAGUUGGGGGGCCCACCAAUGAGGGUCUUGAGCAGCGGACGCGGUAUUUCACAUUUCGGCCCCCAUGUUCUUGCUGA